AACAGCGGUGGGACUCUGGCCACCUUCUCUCUUCCUCCCGGGAUGACCUACCCAGUCCAGAUCCCUGCAGGGGUCACACUGCAGACGGCCUCUGGUAAGAAGGGCCACAGCAUGCGUGAACCUCCAUACACACACAUGCGUUUUGACAAACUUCAUUUAAAAAGAACAUUAAUCAGUCUCUGUUUCAACACCUAUAAUAUACACUCCCUUGGUGCAUGUUUAUGGUGCAUAUGUAGCCACUGGUAUGGUUCUGGGCAGAAUUAAUAAUAUGAUAUUAAAAUGUCAAGUCCCCAUUUAACAACUUAAUGUAAAAGAAAGAAUGGAUACACGUUUCUAGAAUAGAUCCCUUUACUUAUCGAUUCCUCUGCCUCCCUAAGGCCAGCUUUAUAAGGUCAAUGUCCCAGUGAUGGUGACCCAGGCUCCAGCCAGCCAUCCCCAGCCCCAGCCCCAGCCCCAGCCCCAGCCCCAGCCCAGGCAAGGGGUGCCUGUAGUGGAGUGGAGAGAUCCCAGCUCAGCUUCCCAGCAGUCAGCCACAGUGGUCCCUUCUACUGUCCUGAAGAACAUGGCCCUUCCGAAGACCGAACCGUUCUCCCCACGGCCUGUGGCCCCUCCCAGAGCUGUACCUCAGACCGAACCGUUCUCCUCACGGCCUGUGGCCCAUCCCAGAGCUGUACCUCAGACCGAACCGUUCUCCCCACGGCCUGUGGCCCCUCCCAGAGCUGUACCUCAGACCGAACCGUUCUCCCCACGGCCUGUGGCCCCUCCCAGAGCUGUACCUCAGACCGAACCGUUCUCCCCACGGCCUGUGGCCCCUCACAGAGCUGUACCCCAGACCACAGAGCAGAAGAACCUGAUGCCUCCGGUCCAGGUGAAUCACCAUCUUGAUAUGUUUUUAUUGUGGCACUUUGGGUUUUUGAAACGUGUUUUACAAAACCAUAAUGUAUUUUUCUCCAGCCACCUAAUGAGAAGCCUGUGCUUCCUCAACCUGUGGUCCAGCCCACAGUUCAGGAGAAUCAUCUCCUUCAGCAGCCACAGGUUCCUUCAGCUCAGGCAAUCUUUUCUGUGCAGACUCCAGUGUCCUUCCUGUCCCAACCGCCAUCUCACCCCCAAGAGAGCCCCUUCGACAGUGGUGAUUUCACUCUGGAUGGGAUUGAUUUCGACAGUCCACAGCCAGUAGACAUGAGCCUGUCCUCGUCCCUGUCCUGCGGUUCCGCCCACAUGCCAAGCCUUCAGGUAGUCAAUGACUUGUGGAUAAUUCCGCCAUAUCUUCAUCAAACAGUCAAUAAUCUCAUGUUAUUACAAUGGCAAGGAUGUGUACUGCUAUAUUUCAGAAGACAUAGGCUGCCUCCCAAAUGGCACCCUUUUCCCUAUAUACUGCACUGCUUUUGACCAUGGCCCAUAGGGCGUUAGUCAAAAGUAGUGCACUAUAUAGGGAAAAGGGUGCCAUUUGGGAACAAGAGACCUGAGCCAAGGUUCAACAUACAGCUUAUAUAAUCAUGUCCAUUUUACCCAGGUCAAGAUGGAGACGACCCUGUCUGAAGGGUCAGAGUUUAUGGGUCAGGGGUCAGAGUUCGAGGCCAGCGAGGUGGGGGUAGAGGAGAUUGUGAAACAGGAGGAUCAUGGAGGAGCGGUGGCUGAUAUGACAACCCACUUGGAGGGUCUACCUGUGGAUGCUACCAAGGUAAGACAGGAGAUGGCAUCUGGGACUCAGGCCCAAUCCCAAAUCCACCACUAGAACCUUGUAGAUUUGAGAGGAUUUCAUACUGUAGGUUUAAUCAAUAUGGUGAAACGCCCACCUAACCUGUCAAAGGGCAAGGUGGAGUGUUUGUUAUAUUGCUAACACCAGUCAAAUUCUCUCAGAUCUCCAGAAGUAUUUAGGGCAUCGGGUCUCAAUUUGUAGUUCAUAGCACUUCCUGUUCCUUCUUCCCCAGCUGGAGAUGGCCCUGCUGAAAGACUACAACUACAGCGAUGCUCUGGCAGACAUCAUCCAGCUGGACGGGCCUGCGGACAGCAGCUCUGACGUGGAGGAGGUGGAGGAGUUGGAAGGAGGUGUGUAGCAUUGUCAACAAUAGUUAUGCUAGCCAAGGGAAGUGAUUGCCUUGUUAGCUAACGAUUGCUGCGUCAUUCUAAUAGGCUGUGUUUAAACAGGCAGCCCAAUUCUGAUUUUUUUCCCAGUCAGAUCAGUUCUGAAAGAUGUGAAAAGAGCUGAUGUGAUUGGUCAAAAUACCAAUUAGUUGAAAAAAGAUCAGAAUUGGGCUGCCUGUGUAAAUGCAGCCAUAGAGGAGUUUGCUGAUGCAUAAACAAAGUGUGGUUACAGGUGCGAUGGGAGAGAAUGAGUUCCUAGGCAUGAUGACUGCUGAGGCCCUACAGGAGGCAGAGGGCAGCAGUGAUGAUGGCAACUCCAGCUCCAGUGGCGACAGUGUGGGGAUGGAUGAAAUCACAGUGGAAGAGGUAAGAAAUGGGUCUGUCCUCAUUGUUUUUUUAAAUAAGCCUAGUCCUGUCUGGUUACCUGGACACAGAUCAAGCCUAGUCCUGUCUGGUUACCUGGACACAGAUCAAGCCUAGUCCUGUCUGGUUACCUGGACACAGAUCAAGCCUAGUCCUGUCUGGUUACCUGGACACAGAUCAAGCCGGUAGAGUACGGCGCUUGUAACGCCAAGGUAGUGGGUUCGAUCCCCGGGACCACCCAUACACACAAAAAAAUUUAUGCACGCAUGACUGUAAGUCGCUUUGGAUAAAAGCGUCUGCUAAAUGGCAUAUUAUUAUAAGCCUAGUCCUGUCUGGUUACCUGGACACAGAUCAAGCCUAGUCCUGACUGGUUACCUGGACACAGAUCAAGCCUAGUCCUGACUGGUUACCUGGACACAGAUCAAGCCUAGUCCUGACUGGUUACCUGGACACAGAUCAAGCCUAGUCCUGACUGGUUACCUGGACACAGAUCAAGCCAAGUCCUGUCUGGUUACCUGGACACAGAUCAAGCCUAGUCCUGUCUGGUUACCUGGACACAGAUCAAGCCUAGUCCUGUCUGGUUACCUGGACACAGAUCAAGCCUAGUCCUGGACAAACAGGCACUUUAAAUGGAGAAUCUAUUUUGAUAAGUCCCGACGCUUCUGAACCUGUACAAAAGUCUGUAGAUGGUGCUGUUGCAUCAUUUGACACUAAUCACUUAAUAGUAUUUGGGUCCUCCUAUGCCUUAUUGGCAUGAACAAAACCAGAGAUUAACCCUGUUUACAGUUUUUGCCCAUUGCUUACACACUAAAACCGAAUGCUUAGACCAAAGCCUCAAUACCUAAACUUCUUGUAGCAUACCUUAAACACAGUGUAACCAUAGCUUAAACACAAUGUCAACUUUGCACUUUGUUUGCAAUUCUGUAACACACUUAUUGUGAAACACUACACACGUUUUCUUACAUUAGACACUUUGUUCAAAAACGAAAUCACCUGUUAUCAUUGGGAAAACACUCUGUUCAAAAUGCAAAACUCAUCUGGCAAUUGUAUGCACUUACAUACACACCUGAAAACACUUGCACAGAAAACAGAACACCAAUCAGUCUGAGCCUUAGCACUACAAAUAGGCCUCAGGUAAGCCAUUUUUAGAACUUUGCAAGCAUGGAGGCAAUGAGAGUCAGAGUAAGAGGAGGACAAAGAGAGAGAGGAGUCGGAUGUGGAAGAGGACGUGGAAGAGGACGAGGACCAGUGCGGAGACGUAUAUCAGAUGACAUCAGGGCUACUCUGGUGGACCAUGUGAUAAAUCAUGGCCUGUCCAUGAGGGAGGCUGGGCAAAGAGUCCACCCUAACCUCAGUCGCUACACAGUAGCAUCGAUAAUAAGGACAUUCCGACUGGAGAACAGGUAUAUCUUCAAGUUUCUACUCCAGACUGUACCUACUGUAUGUGUCACAUGAUUCUGUAUAAUAUUACAGUAUUACUGUACUAACUAUACUAUACAAAAAUGGGUAGUGCUGUGAAGUACUGUAUAUGUAAAGGAAUACCAUUGUGAUGUUGCAGUACUGUGUACAGUUUGAAAGUACAGUAUGUGAAAAAUUACCUAACCAAUGACAUCUUGUGGUGGCAUUUUCUACAGAAUGGUUGGACGACCUCCUCAAGGUGGAAGGGAACGGCUCUUCACUCAACAACAAGAGCUUGCCAUCAUUGAAAUGGUACGAGAAAAUAAUGCAAUCCGACUUCGUGAGUUGCAACAACGCAUAAUUGCAAAUGGAAAUGAAUUCAACAAUAUCAACAGGGUCAGCAUUUCUACACUAAGUCGCAUCCUACAGAAACAUAACUUCAGAAUGAAGCAGCUGUACAGGGUGCCAUUUGAGAGGAACAGUGUCAGGGUCAAGGAUCUGCGCCAUGAUUAUGUGCAGGUAUGUGUCACUUUACUUUACAUACUAUAUAAUGUGAUGUGGGAAUGAGGGUUUAUGCUGCCACCUGCCCUGCCUGUAGCUUGUAGUUUUUGUCUAUACUCACCCAACCCAGCCCCUACUUGUGUGAAAAUAUAGACAUUGUAGUUACUGUAUGUGUUUUCAGUAACACUAUUCAAUAUUUUAUGUUACAGACAGUUCUGGAGUUUGAUGCCGCCGAACUGCCACAUGAGUUCAUCUACGUGGAAGAGGCAGGCUUCAAUCUGGCCAAAACCAGGCGUCGGGGCCGUAACGUAGUUGGACAAAGGGCUGUUGUAAAUGUCCCUGGGCAGCGUGGGGGAAAUAUCACCUUGUGUGCUGCAAUUAGUGUGCAAGGAGUCCUGCAUCAUCAUGCCACUCUAGGUCCCUACAAUACAGGACAGAUCAUUGCAUUUCUAGAUGCACUACAUGCAGUUGUGCAGGACAGACCACAGCAGCCCAGGUUUGUUGUCAUCUGGGAUAAUGUUAGUUUCCACCGGGCUGCUCUGGUCCGAGAUUGGUUCAACAACCAUAAUCAUUUCACAGUUUUAUACCUGCCCCCUUAUAGCCCCUUUCUAAAUGCAAUCGAGGAAUUAUUUUCAGCGGGCGGUGGAAAGUAUAUGAUCGGCAACCACAUGCCCGCAUGACUCUUCUGCAAGCAAUGGAAGAGGCAUGUGGAGACAUUGAGGUGGGAUCAAUCCAAGGGUGGAUUCGGCACACAAGGCGAUAUUUUCCCCGAUGCCUAGCCCGCGAGGACAUCGCCUGUGAUGUUGACGAGGUCUUGUGGCCAGAUCCGAACAGAAGGCGUGAUCCAUAAGCCCCCCCGCACCCCACCACACACACACACAUGCACACACACACGCACGCACACACGCACACAAAACAAGUAUAUGUUUUUUCCCCCAAUAGCAAUUUAUCCAGUAAUUUUUUAUUUUUUUACUUUUGUUUUGUUGCUAAAUUUGAUGUUAAGAAUUUCUGUAAGAAUAUUUGUUUUUUUGUAAAAACUUUUUUGUAAAUACUGUUUGAUUACUGCAGACAUUCUACUUUUGAGUUUUACAGAAGACAAUGACAAUAAAAUGACAAUAAAAAUAGAAACACAAAGACUGCAGUGUUUUAUAUAAAGCCCAUCAGUGUGUUGCUGGUGAUAUGAAAGAGUAAUUCAAAUGUUGUUUGUGUGUAUGGUUUUGUUGCAAGAAUUUCAUUUUUAGAAAGGAGUGUUAAGUUUUGAUUGCAGUGUUUCAUUUUGGCAUAUAUGUGAGUUGUUAAUCUCCAAGUGCUAUGUCUGAUUGACUUGUGUGUUGAGUUUUGACAUAAUGACCCAAAUUCUGCAAAAAGUGUGUAAGCAAUAGGCAAAAACUGUAAGUCAAUGUACUUUAGGAGGAUGUGAAGUCUGUUGGCUGUCUUUGACUGCUGAGCUGCCUCUGACAUGUUGACUCUGACAUGUUGACUCUGCCUCUGACAUGUUGCCUCUGACAUGUUGCCUCUGACAUGUUGCCUCUGACAUGUUGACUGCCUCUGACAUGUUGCCUCUGACAUGUUGACUGCCUCUGACAUGUUGACUCUGCCUCUGACAUGUUGCCUCUGACAUGUUGACUCUGCCUCUGACAUGUUGCCUCUGACAUGUUGACUCUGCCUCUGACAUGUUGCCUCUGACAUGUUGACUCUGUCUCUGACAUGUUGACUCUGCCUCUGACAUGUUCUCUGCCUCUGACAUAUUGCCUCUGACAUGUUGACUCUGCCUCUGACAUGUUGACUGCCUCUGACAUGUUGACUGCCUCUGACAUGUUGCCUCUGACAUCUUGACUCUGCCUCUGACAUGUUGACUCUGCCUCUGACAUGUUGACUCUGCCUCUGACAUGUUGACUGCCUCUGACAUGUUGCCUCUGACAUGUUGACUCUGCCUCUGACAUAUUGCCUCUGACAUGUUGACUCUGCCUCUGACAUGUUGACUCUGCCUCUGACAUGUUGACUCUGCCUCUGACAUGUUGACUCUGCCUCUGACAUGUUGACUGCCUCUGACAUGUUGCCUCUGCCUCUGACAUGUUGCCUCUGCCUCUGACAUGUUGCCUCUGACAUGUUGACUCUGCCUCUGACAUGUUGACUGCCUCUGACAUGUUGACUCUGCCUCUGACAUGUUGCCUCUGACAUGUUGCCUCUGACAUGUUGCCUUUUGACAUGUUGACUCUGACAUGUUCCCUCCGCCUCUAACAUGUUGCCUCUGCCUCUGACAUGUUGCCUCUGACAUGUUGACUCUGACAUGUUGACCUCAGGGUUCUGACAUGUUUACCUGACAUGUUGACUCUGCCUCUGACAUGUUUCCUCUCCUCUGACAUGUUGACUCUGCCUCUGACUGUUGCCUCUGACAUGUUGCCUCUUUAAUGUUGCCUCGAAAUGUUGACUUGCCUCUGACAUGUUGCCUCUGACAUGUUGACUCUGCCUCUGACAUGUUGCCUCUGACAUGUUGACUCUGCCUCUGAAUAUUGCCUGAAUGUUGACUCUGCUCUGACAUGUUGCCUCGACAUGUUGCCUCUGACAUGUUGACUCGCCUCUGAACAUGUUGCCUCUGACAUGUUGCCUUGACAUGUUUACUGCCUCUGACAUGUUGCCUCUGACAUGUUUACUGCCUCUGACAUGUUGACUCUGGCCUCGGACAUGUUGCCUCUGAAAAUUUUUGACUGCCUCUGACAUGUUGACUCUGCCUCUGACAUGUUGCCUCUGACAUGUUGCCUCUGACAUGUUGCCUCUGACAUGUUGCCUCUGACAUGUUGCCUCUGACAUGUUGACUCUGCCUCUGACAUGUUGCCUCUGACAUGUUGACUCUGUCUCUGACAUGUUGACUCUGCCUCUGACAUGUUGACUCUGACAUGUUGCCUCUGCCUCUGACAUGUUGCCUCUGACAUGUUGACUCUGCCUCUGACAUGUUGACUGCCUCUGACAUGUUGCCUCUGACAUGUUGACUCUGCCUAUGACAUGUUGACUCUGCCUCUGACAUGUUGACUCUGCCUCUGACAUGUUGCCUCUGACAUGUUGACUCUACCUCUGACAUGUUGACUGCCUCUGACAUGUUGACUCUGCCUCUGACAUGUUGACUGCCUCUGACAUGUUGCCUCUGACAUGUUGACUCUGCCUCUGACAUGUUGCCUCUGACAUGUUGACUCUGCCUCUGACAUGUUGACUGCCUCUGACAUGUUGCCUCUGCCUCUGACAUGUUGCCUCUGCCUCUGACAUGUUGCCUCUGACAUGUUGACUCUGCCUCUGACAUGUUGACUGCCUCUGACAUGUUGACUCUGCCUCUGACAUGUUGCCUCUGACAUGUUGCCUUUUGACAUGUUGACUCUGACAUGUUCCCUCCGCCUCUAACAUGUUUCCUCUGCCUCUGACAUGUUGCCUCUGACAUGUUGACUCUGACAUGUUGACUCAGGGUUCUGACAUGUUGACUCUGACAUGUUGACUCUGCCUCUGACAUGUUGACUCUGCCUCUGACAUGUUGCCUCUGAAAUGUUGACUCUGCCUCUAACAUGUUGCCUCUGACAUGUUGACUCUGCCUCUGACAUGUUGCCUCUGACAUGUUGACUCUGCCUCUGACAUAUUGCCUCUGACAUGUUGACUCUGCCUCUGACAUGUUGCCUCUGACAUGUUGCCUCUGACAUGUUGACUCUGCCUCUGACAUGUUGACUCUGCCUCUGACAUGUUGCCUCUGACAUGUUGCCUCUGACAUGUUGACUGCCUCUGACAUGUUGCCUCUGACAUGUUGACUGCCUCUGACAUGGUGACUCUGCCUCUGACAUGUUGACUCUGCCUCUGACAUGUUGCCUCUGACAUGUUGACUCUACCUCUGACAUGUUGACUGCCUCUGACAUGUUGACUCUGCCUCUGACAUGUUGACUGCCUCUGACAUGUUGCCUCUGACAUGUUGCCUCUGACAUGUUGACUCUGCCUCUGACAUGUUGACUCUGCCUCUGACAUGUUGACUCUGCCUCUGACAUGUUGACUCUGCCUCUGACAUGUUGACUCUGCCUCUGACAUGUUGACUGCCUCUGACAUGUUGCCUCUGACAUGUUGACUCUGCCUCUGACAUGUUGACUCUGCCUCUGACAUAUUGCCUCUGACAUGUUGACUCUGCCUCUGACAUGUUGACUGCCUCUGACAUGUUGCCUCUGACAUGUUGACUCUGCCUCUGACAUGUUGCCUCUGACAUGUUGACUCUGCCUCUGACAUGUUGCCUCUGCCUCUGACAUGUUGACUCUGCCUCUGACAUGUUGACUCUGCCUCUGACAUGUUGCUCUGACAUGUUUCCCCUGACAUGUUGACUCUGACAUGUGACUCUGCCUCUGACAUGUUGAACUCUGCCCCUGACAUGUUUCCUCGGACAUGUUGACUCUGCCUCUGACAUGUUUACUGCCUCUGACAUUUUUUUGCCUCUGCCUCUGACAUGUUGCCUCUGCCCCUGAAUGUUGCCUCGACGUUGACUCUGCCUCUGACUGUUGACUGCCUCUGACAUGUUGACCUUGCCUCUGACAUGUUUCCUUUUGGGCAAAGUUGACUUGACAUGUUCCCUCCGCCUCUAACAUGUUGCCCCUGCCUCUGACAUGUUGACUCUGCCUCUGACAUGUUGCCUCUGACAUGUUGACUCUGCCUCUGACAUGUUGCCUCGACAUGUUGCCUUUUGAAUUUGACUCUGACAUUUCCCUCCGCCUCUAACAUGUUUCCUCUGACAUGUUGACUCUGCCUCUGGGCAUGUUGACGCCUCUGACAUGUUUCCUCUGACAUGUUGACUCUGCCUCUGACAUGUUGACUCUUGCCUCUGACCUGUGACUCUGCCUCUGACAUGUUGACUCUGCCCCUGAAAAUGUUGACUCUGACAUGUUGACUCUGCCUCUGACAUGUUGCCUCUGACAUGUUGACUCUGCCUCUGACAUGUUUUCCCUUUACAUGUUGACUCUGCCUCUGACAUGUUGCCUCUGACAUGUUGCCUCUGACAUGUUGACUGCCUCUGACAUGUUGCCUCUGCCUCUGACAUGCUGCCUCUGCCUCUGACAUGUUGCCUCUGCCUCUGACAUGUUGCCUCUGCCUCUGACAUGUUGACUCUGACUCUGACAUGUUGACUGCCUCUGACAUGUUGACUCUGGGCAUGUUACCUCUGACAUGUUGACUCUGCCUCGACAUGUUUUCCUUGACAUUUUUGCUCUGCCUUGACAUUGCCAUCGACAUGUUGACUCUGCCUCUGACAUGUUGCCUCUGCCUCUGACAUGUUGCCUCUGCCUCUGACAUGUUGACUCGCCUUGACAUGUUGCCUCUGCCUCCUGACAUGUUUUGCCGCCUCUGCCUCUGACAUGUUUGCCUCUGCCUGACAUGUUGACUCUGACUCUGACAUGUUGACUGCCUCUGACAUGUUGACUCUGACAUGUUGCCUCUGACAUGUUGACUCUGCCUCUGACAUGUUGCCUCUGACAUGUUGACUCUGCCUCUGACAUGUUGCCUCUGACAUGUUGACUCUGCCUCUGACAUGUUGCCUCUGCCUCUGACAUGUUGACUCUGCCUCUGACAUGUUGACUGCCUCUGACAUGUUGACUCUGACAUGUUGACUCUGCCUCUGACAUGUUGCCUCUGACAUGUUGCCUCUGACAUGUUGCCUCUGACAUGUUGACUUAGGCUCUGACAUGUUGCCUCUGACAUGUUGCCUCUGACAUGUUGACUUAGGCUCUGACAUGUUGACUCUGACAUGUUGACUCUGCCUCUGACAUGUUGACUUUGCCUCUGACAUGUUGCCUCUGACAUGUUGACUCUGCCUCUGACAUGUUGACUGCCUCUGACAUGUUGCCUCUGCCUCUGACAUGUUGCCUCUGCCUCUGACAUGUUGACUGCCUCUGACAUGUUGACUCUGCCUCUGACAUGUUGCCUUUUGACAUGUUGACUCUGACAUGUUCCCGCCGCCUCUAACAUGUUGCCUCUGCCUCUGACAUGUUGACUCUGCCUCUGACAUAUUGCCUCUGACAUGUUGCCUCUGACAUGUUGCCUCUGACAUGUUGACUCUGCCUUUGACAUAUUGCCUCUGACAUGUUGACUCUGCCUCUGACAUGUUGACUGCCUCUGACAUGUUGCCUCUGACAUGUUGCCUCUGACAUGUUGACUUAGGCUCUGACAUGUUGACUGCGCCUCUGACAUGUUGACUCUGACAUGUUGCCUCUGGCAUGUUGACUCUGCCUCUGACAUGUUGACUCUGCCUCUGACAUGUUGACUCUGCCUCUGACAUGUUGACUCUGCCUCUGACAUGUUGACUCUGCCUCUGACAUGUUGCCUCUGGCAUGUUGUCUCUGGCAUGUUGCCUCUGGCAUGUUGACUUAGGCUCUGACAUGUUGACUGCGCCUCUGACAUGUUGACUACGCCUCUGACAUGUUGACUGUGCCUCUGACAUGUUGCCUUUUGACAUGUUGACUCUGACAUGUUCCCGCCGCCUCUAACAUGUUGCCUCUGCCUCUGACAUGUUGACUCUGCCUCUGACAUAUUGCCUCUGACAUGUUGCCUCUGACAUGUUGCCUCUGACAUGUUGACUCUGCCUCUGACAUGUUGCCUCUGACAUGUUGACUCUGCCUCUGACAUGUUGACUGCCUCUGACAUGUUGCCUCUGACAUGUUGACUUAGGCUCUGACAUGUUGACUGCGCCUCUGACAUGUUGACUCUGACAUGUUGCCUCUGGCAUGUUGACUCUAGCAUGUUGACUCUGCCUCUGACAUGUUGACUCUGCCUCUGACAUGUUGCCUCUGGCAUGUUGCCUCUGACAUGUUGACUUAGGCUCUGACAUGUUGACUGCGCCUCUGACAUGUUGACUACGCCUCUGACAUGUUGACUGUGCCUCUGACAUGUUGACUGUGCCUCUGACACCCCACCACUAUACAGAGCUGUCAUUGACAUCUGGGUUGAGGGUGUUUCAGAUGCGGAAUGAAAGGUUGAACUCUGUUCUGCUUGUUCUAUAAAUCAAAACAACUAAAUACCUUAGUAGACAUUUUUAUCCAAAGCCAUAAAAGUGUCUGCAUUUUCAGUACUUGAUCCCACAACCUUGGUGCUAAUCAUGAGCAUCCAGUGUCCCAUAUAACCCUCUCUCUCCCUCCCCCUCUUUCUCUGUCUGUCUCGCUCGCUCGCUCGCUCUCUUUCUCUCUUACAUCUCUCUCCCCCCUUCUUUCACUGUCCUCCCCUCUUUCUCCCCCCCCUCUCUCUCCUCCCUCUUUCUCUCUCCCCACUCUCUUCCCCCACCCCCCCUCUUUCUCUCCCCUCCUCUCUUUCUCUCCCCUCCCCCCUCUUUCUCCCUCCAUGAUAGGAUCCUUUAAACUCUGGGGAUGACGUGAGUGAGCAGGACAUUCCUGAUCUCUUUGACACUGACAAUGUGAUAGUGUGUCAGUAUGAUAAGGUAUGCUUCAGGUUCCUAGUGUUGUAGAUAAGGUAUGCUUCAGCUUCCUAGUGUUGUAGAUAAGGUAUGUUUCAGCUUCCUAGUGUUGUAGAUAAGGUGUUCAUGCUUUCUAAUGAUAUACUGUAUGUUUUUUACCACUUCAGAUUCACCGCAGUAAGAACCGGUGGAAGUUCUAUCUGAAGGAUGGGGUGAUGUGUUACGGAGGAAAGGACUAUGUCUUCUCUAAGGCUGUCGGGGAGGCAGAGUGGUGA